UGACGACUGGUGGAGCCAACAUGGGGCCAGUUUCAUAAACUCUGAACUCGCCAAGCUUGUCAGCACAACCAAGGCGUCUUUUCUGAGUUAAAUCACGUGAGGAUGACGAGAUGUCACGAAGGAUUGAUUGGGAAGAGAGAAGUGAUAAAAUGUGCAGUUGUAGCAUACUGAGUCUUCUUAUCGAAUGAGAUUGCAGCGUGGUAUGGCAGUGUGUCUCUUUGGGGUUUAACUGAAUGUACCAUUGCAACAGCUGAAGGCAAAGGCUAACAGAAUGGCAUUAUAUUUCCUCUCCUGGAGUGUAAUCCUCCACUACUACCUAUGGGAUAGCAGCUGCUCUGCAGAGCUAGUUUUCACUUCUCGUCCUAACGACAGCGUAGCCUCGUUGGAGAAGCCACUGAUGCUGUCCUGUGCUGCGUACGACGCUGUCCUUCAAAGCCAAGCUGCAGUUGAGUGGUUCAGGAACUCAGGGGAACCCAUACCGGACUUGAACACCCGGGUUUACCAGCCUACCAAUGGGUCCCUGUUUUUUCCCAGCCUGCGGGCAGAAGACUUGGGGAGCUACACCUGCCAAGCAAGCUCCAGGCUUUCUGUUAUCAACACUACUUUCAGCAUAUACAAGGCCUACAUGGCUCCAGUGUUUUACAGUCCGGUCUCUCAGACCGUAAAUGCAGGAGAGAGCGCGUUCUUCGAAUGUGUUUCUGGGGACAGUCGACCUUCGGCUCAGAUUAGAUGGGAGAAGGAAGGAAAGCCGUUGGCUAAAGGAAUUAAAUUUCAGGGUCAGUAUGGAGGAGGCAAUCACAUGAAGGUCUCUGGGACGUUGCAUAUUCCUGUGGUAUCCCAAGAAGACGAAGGCGAAUACGUGUGUGUAACGCAUAACCCUCUGCUUGGAACUGAUGUGUACAGUGAAGCAGCCAUUCUCACAGUGCGAGUUUUACCAUCCAAACUGGUGAUUGCUCAGGGUCCAGCUGACCUCACUAUAGCAACUGGAAAGGAGGCUGUGCUGAAAUGCAUUGUCCACGGAUUCCCCCGUCCCUCUGUGCAGUGGUUCAGAAACAACAGGCCUCUGGAGAACACAACACACCUGGCACUUGAAGAAGGAGGCCAGCUGCUUGUAUUUAAAAACGUCUCUCUGGAAGAUGAAGGGCACUAUUACUGUGAAGCCAGGAAUGCAGAGGAAGCAGUGACGUCUCCGGCUGCAUACCUGCUUCCUGCUGUGAUGGACUGGAGCUUCGAGCAGCAGCCUGCCAACGUCACUGCCGUGGAGGGGGAGGCUGUCACUCUGACCUGCAGGCCUCCCUCCAGCAGGCCGCCAGCCACUGUCACCUGGUUUAUGAACAGCAGGAUUUUAAAGAACAAGCCACACUUUACAGUUCUAGAGAGUGGUGAUCUUUUUUUUAAGAGAAUCCAAGAAGCAGACAGAGGAAUAUACUUCUGCAGAGCAGCAAAUCCUUAUCUGGGCCGUUCAGUAUCCUCUGGAAAAUUGUAUCUAAAUGUGUUGGUCCCUCCUGAAGUUACAGUGUCACCACAGCUGAACACAGUGCUGCUGGGAUCGGGCGCCUCAUUCCAGUGUCACACCUCGGGACAGCCAUCUCCUUCCAUUCACUGGUACAGACGAGGGCAAGCUGUCGUGGCAGGAGGAAGGAUUACAUUAGGGUUUAAAAACCAGACUUUGUACAUUUCCUCAGUACUUGCCUAUGAUGAGGGAGCGUACACCUGUGAGGCAAAGAAUCUAGCAGGGCAAUCCCGAGAGACAGCUGUGCUGCAAGUGACAGUUCCUCCAGUUAUUGUGUCCUUCACGAAUGAAAUGGUGUCUUCAGAGGGAUCGUCUGUGGUUUUGCCCUGUGGGGCAGUGGGGGACUCGCCUAUCACCUAUUCCUGGUUCUGGAAUGGAAACUCAAUCCAGAUUGCAGAGCCGCGGCUGCAUAAAGACAAUGAAGGAGCUCUUCACAUAAGCAAUAUAAGCUAUCAUGAUGAAGGCAGCUAUGUCUGCACUGCUGAAAAUGUAGCUGGAAGGGAUGAGAGGGCUGGAACACUGACAGUAUCGGGUCACGACCGAAGAUUUGAUGAAGCAGAAAAGGCUGAAGAAAUCGGCUCAGGGAAUCUGCAAAGAAGCUACAUUUCUGAAUGGAAGAACUUGUUCAGCAGCCAAGCUCCAGUGAAUGAAAACCCCAGCGAUGACUCACUGAAAAUGGAUAUCAUACAAGAGCAAAGCGAUCAGUCCCCGGCUAGGAGUGAGAACAAAGGAGAAACUCCUGUUCCACACCACGAGAUUGCCACAGAAGUGUCUUACUAUACAACUACAACUCUGACAGUAGAUCCCCCAAGCUCAGCUGGCCUUGAAGACACAACAGCACCCUCCGAAACACCCACUGGCUCAGCUGGUGCACAAGACUUCACUGUUACAGUACCUUCAUUGAGUUUAAAAGACCCAGACUUCACUGCUUCAUUCAGCCCUGGAUCCCUGCUUCCGAUACCACUAAAGUCCACCCAGCUACCUGCCCCUGCCCCAACACCCAUCCAAAAUGCUGCCCCCAUGGCAGACUUUAACACACCUGAGGUCAAAAGCUCUUCUCAGUUAGAACUAGAAACUCCCCAGACCAUCACAGCUCUUCAGCCUCUAUCUGAGGCUCAGACUCACCCACCGGAUGCAUACUCCCACCUUACUACAGUGGGCAGCCUGCACUCUGUCCCAGCAGAGCAUCUUCAAAACCGGUCAGGCAACUCGUCAAAGGCGGGUAACUCUGAACUGACAGAAUGGCCGAAGAAAAACACGUCUCAAUCGCCCAUGAGAACAAGCAACGAUAUGGCACAGGACAAGAACUCGUGGUUCCCAGUUCUGGAGAAGCAUGACAUUCCCAUUGUUGUGGGGGUUGGAGUCUCGCUUGCUCUCAUAUUUAUAAUGAUGGGUUUUUACUCCCUAGUCCAGAAAAAUGAAACUGCGCCACCUGCAGGCAGAGGCUGGCUGCGUAAUUCGGAUGCCUCAAGCAGAAACAGCAGCAAACCCGAAAUGGCAAGAACGUAUGAGAACAGAGCUUUUGAAGAUGAUACUGUGGUGGCAGUCAUCGAGCAGAGCCCCUACAAAAGCACUUCCAGAUCCAGCCAGUUCGACCCCAACACCAUCACAGUGACUGCUGAGCUUACACCCAACACACAGCAGGAGAGUCUGGAAUCCAUCUUGGAAAACAACGGCGAGACACUGCUGGAAACAGGCCUGGAGCAGGAAUCCGAACUGCCUGCCCACAAUGAGAAGAAUUCCACCCUGCCAAACCCUGGAAUCAGUCUGAAGUGUCUAGAUGCCUGGACAGGUAACACUGAAGGCAAUGAAGAGGCUGAGCCCUCAGUCACUGCAGUGGGUCUCAGCAGCGCUAACCCUACACAACACCAGGAAGCCGAGGCGAUGGCCCAUCCAAACCCAGCUUCCCUUGAGGAAGGGGUGCACACAUCCUUUACCUUCCAGAUGUCUGAACCAAGCGGGAGCAACACCACCCCCAUCAGACACAACAUCAACAUCUCCCGCAGUCUGCUUGCUCCUCUGGUCCUGUCACACAGUGUGUCAGUGAAUGAGCGGAACAGCUCAGGGUUAACCACAGUGGCUGUGGAUGUACACUUUUACUCGGGUACACCUGCUCCAUCCACUCUACCAGGCCUGGUUCUGAACUCUGGAACCAUAUACUGUCCUCCUUCCUCCAAUGGGCAGACACCCUUUCCUGAAUAUGACCAGCAGACCUCUUCAGUGCAUUACGUGCAAAGAACCUGCUUAUAAGAGUACAGAAGACCUGGGCUGGAGAAUAAGUAUGUGUUGAAGAUAGAAAAUGGACAGAUCAAUUCCAAAACCAAGAUAGAAUAACCUGUAAGAGGACUCUUGUUCAGCAAUAGAAGAUCAGGAAUUCAUCAGGACCAGUCAGGAUGGAUCAAAUGUACCGGUACCAGCAUGUUGGGGUCUAUGUUAAUGAUCAUCACAUCUUGUUAACUUUAUUUUAAUACUGCUGGUGUUUUCCCCCAGAGUGGUGCUUUGUUAAUAUCACAGAAGAGACAACACAGCUGACAUAGAUACCAGUAUUUUUUUUUUAGAUGAUAACAGUUUAGAUCAUUAAAAAGACUUUAAUAUUAUCAAGAAAGCAUAGAUACAUUCUUUACUAUCAUUGCCUUAAAUAUCAUUAGAUUGUAUUAUACCUUUGGAGACAGUUUUCACAUGCUCUUUAAACUGUUUUCACAAUUUAAACCUUAUUAGGAACCACAAAAAAAAAUUCACGUAAGUCUGUCUAAAGCCUCAGUGUAUGUGUCAGAGCCCAACACAUUUCCACAGUCAUUCUGCAUUUACUCCUGAUUAAUUGCAGUGGGUAAGCGACAGGCAUUUCAUAUUGUGUUCAUUAGAAAAAAAUUAAAUGGGAGUGUAAUCAGUGGUGUGCACAUAGGAUUGUUUGAAAUCUGAAAGCGUUUAAGUGGGUAGCACAGUACAUGCCAACAGUAGCAUAAUUCAUUAGCACUGACCUGUGUUGACCUGCAUUAUCGCACCACAAACUGACUUUAGCAAUUAUACCAAAGCAAUCUCUAAAGCUUCAUUACUUAAACUCAUUCUGUAUGUAUAUUGGCAAAGCACCUCAGUACUGCAGUGGAGACAGGAAGUCAAAGCUCUCAAGUUUGCAUGCGAGAUUUAGUACGGUGAUUUUUAAGGCACACCCAAAUUAUUUUAAAUUACGAUUUCUUUUAAAACGUUCCUUUUUUUUUGGUCAUUUGCUUAAACAGGUUAUCAUAUAUUUACUGGCUUUUUAGUACUCAUUGCAUUAGCUGUAACCAGAUAAGACAGCUGAAAUGAUUAAGCUUGUUUUGUUUUAUAUACAAAUCUCACAAGCUUUACAGCAAUCUGGCAAAGUCUGGUAAAAGCUACACUCUGAAACGUCAUGAAACUUUUGGUUAUGAGUAAACAAAACAGACAGUCAUACAUAAAAAUUACAGCUGAAAAUCUUGUGAGCUUUAGAAAAACCUUUUUAAAGUAUAUUUACAAGAAUGAAGGAAAUUCCAAGUUAACAGCAUUUCUUAAUAAACAGCCAGAUUAACUUCUAUAGUAAAUCGUGCAACAAAGCAAUCUUGUGUUGCUUUUUGCAUGAUACGUAAGAAUAUGUCAGUAGACAGCUUUCUCAGAGAUUUGCAUCACUUUGUUUGCUUAAGAGUUCUGUUCAUGUCAGAUAAAACCUAGGAUCUGGUACAUUAGGAACAAUAUUAAACAGAGACCAAUCUCACUAGUAAGAUCUGAUGAAGAUUGCAUUCUUAAGAAACACGCUCUGUUAAUACAGUACAUCCUAUUAAGUAGAUGCCUGCAUUUUGUAUUUUAGCACUAUGACAGUACUUUGAAUAUUUAACCUAACAGUGUCUGAAAUAUAGUCAGACAAAAGUUAACAUUGUCAUAUAUGCCAGAAGUAUCAAACAUGAAUGACAUCCAAGAUACUAUCAAAGGAAUCCUCAAUGCUUGCCAUCUAGUUUUGUCUGUAAUUUCAGGUAAAACUCAAAAGAAGGAAAGUGAAAUAGACGAAUGUUUCGACUGUAGUAUUAGUGCUUUAUUAUAUGUGUGGCUCAUUCUGGGGUAUUUUGCACAAAAUGUAUAUAAUAAGUGACUGAACAAAUUAUAUAAAUAUCAUACACAUUGGUUUAAGUGUCUUUCACUCUCACCAGGAAAGCGAUAUAUAUAUAUAAAACAAGGAUUCUUGUUGUAGAUGGCAGGUUUAUUUUUUUCUUUUGUGUAUUAUGACAAAGUUCUCAUUCUGUUUUCGUAGCUCAUAGGUUAUCAAGGAACACUAAACAAUUAAAAUAGAAAAAAUAUCAUAUGUAUUUUCAACAUUAAAAAAACAUGUUUAUCUCAGCACUGAUACAUUUGAAAAGCUUUAUUUAUACACGCAACAACUAAAAUACGCAAGAUGCCGGCAAUUUCAUUUGGAACAUUUGCUUAGACCUUUUUAUUUAUACAAAAAUAAACAAUUCACACUUUAGGUUACUAUUCAACAUUUACUUGAACAGUACAUUUAAAUGUAUUCCUAAACAGAUGAACAAUAGACUCUCUCUGAUCUGUGAUAAUGCUGUGGUCUUAUAUUGCCUUGCAAAGAUGGUUUUGUAAAAUUUAAUCAAAAGUAUUUAAUCAAAAGUACAAAUAAAAAAAAAUGUUGGAAUCGUUUGUCAAAAUGGUACUAGUGUAUUUUCAAGUUUAUGCUAUUUUACAAUUAAGGAUUAAUACGUAAUUUGUUAAUAGGGUUGCUUUAUAAAGAGAACGUUCUCUGAAUUUAUACUUAUGUGGUAUUUCAAAAAUCUAACACACUUUUGUUACAUCGUAACACUAUUCCUCAAAGCAGUAAGCAUUGGAUAUUUUUUACAGAUCAUAGAAAAAUGAAUUGUGGUAUAGUAUUACAUUCCCAUUUUACAGUAGGUACAGUGGGUGUUUUCAGUAAAAGGAUUUACUGUACACUAUGUAAAGAGUACUGACUAGGACCGCUCCUCAAACUCGGCACUCAUUUUGAUUUACUGUGCAUAAGAAUUGAACUGGUGCUCCUACAACCUGGAGCACAUGAAGUAUACCUACAGUGUGGUGGCAAGAUAAAUGGACUUCCUCAGAAUCAAAGUGAAAAUAAAAUCUGCAACUAAAUGACCUACAGCAAUAUAAUAAGGAACCCUAGAGUUUUACUCUGGGAGAGUAUUAAAUACAGUGUGUGGUUGAUACAGCCAGGUGUUGGGUACAGGGCUCCUGUGUUUCAAUCCCAACACCUGCCACUGUGUUUAUGGAUGAUGGUGCACCAGCACACAG